UCAUCAUUCAAAUCCUCCAUAACCUCAUUUAAUCCUCAAUUUUCCUCUCUGCUUCUAAUCAAAACUACAUCUUCCUUCUCAUAUACAUACAUAUCCACUACAAUGGGUGUUUUCACAUAUGAAACUGAGACCAUCUCUUCUAUCCCUCCGGCAAGGCUAUUCAAGGCAUUUGUCCUUGAUGCUGACAACCUCAUCCCCAAAGUUGUCCCCCAAGCCAUUAAGAGCACUGAGAUCUUGGAGGGAAAUGGAGGGCCUGGAACCAUCAAGAAGAUUAGCUUUGGUGAGGGGAGUCAGUACAAGUAUGUGAAGCACCAAGUGGACGCAGUUGAUGCUGACAACUUCAGAUACAAUUACACUGUCAUUGAAGGUGAUGCCCUUGGUGAUGUUGUGGAGAAGAUCAACUAUGAGACCAACUUGGUGGCUUCUGCUGAUGGAGGAUCCAUUGUCAAGAGCAUCAGCAAGUACCAUACCAAAGGUGGCCAUGAGAUCAAGGAGGACCAUAUUAAGGAAGGCAAAGAAAAGGCCUCUCACCUAUUCAAAGCCAUUGAAGCUUACCUUGUGGCCAACCCUGAUGCCUACAACUAAAUCUGCCUUUAGGCAUAUAUAUACUACACCAUCUUUCUUAUUAAGAAGAAAGAGUAUUAUUUCUAUAUUUAAGUUCAAAAUUAUAUAUGUGUGUGGCUCUUGGUUUUUUCUUUUUGAUUAGUGUGUAAUUUAUUACUGAUCAUAAUAUUUCUUUAAGUAGUGUUAAUACUGUAUUUGUAAUGAUGUGAGAUAUAAAAGUGUUGUAUUUGUUUUCUGUUGGAAUUAAUUUAUCAAAACACAAUUGAACA